AUGAAGCUCCACUUCGCUCCGAUUGCGAUCUUUCUGGCGUUUGCGGCCACGGCUGCUGCUCUGCCUGCACCGACGGGCGUCGCGUUCCUCGCGAAAAGGCAGUACAAGCUCGGCAAUAUCCCCUACUUCCCUCAGGAGAUUCCCUCCUGCGUCGCGUGCGAGCCGGAGUGGACGAGUAUCUCGAGUUGCGCCCGCGCGGCGGCGGCUUUCAAGGACUGGAAGCAAAUGCUCUUCAACCCCGUCUCGUUCGUCGACGCCAUCAAGUGCGCAUGUACCGACACUUUCUCCUCCGCCUACCCGCAAUGCGUCGACUGCUUCGUCCAGACGAACCAGUGCGAGGAGUAUCUCGGCGUCCCAAGCCUCGAGGCCAACUCGUCGAGCAUCUUCGACGGUAUGCGCAACGUCUGCGGCUUUGGCUCUGCGCUCCUCGGCGGCGUCGCAACGUCUUAG